UUACGACAGUCUGUAAACCAGGCAGAGAGAAUUCGUUUACGGCAGACAGUGAAGGCACAUGUGUUGCCAGUCAACGGCGUGCAUUUUUAUAGACCAACCGAUUAUCUUUGAAGGGUUUUCACCAUGUCAUUCCGCGGAGGUGGUGGUCGAGGAGGGGGUCGUGGCGGCGGUUUUAAUAGAGGUGGCGGAUUUGGAGGUGGUAGAGGUGGCGGGUUUGGAGGUGGUAGAGGAGGUGGACGAGGUGGAUUUAACAGGCAGCAGGAUUAUGGUCCACCGGAACAUGUUGUCGCCGUCGGAGAGUUCAUGCACCCCUGUGAGGAUGACAUUGUCUGUAAAUGCGUGACGGAGGAAAACAAAGUUCCUUACUUCAAUGCUCCUGUUUACCUGGAAAACAAAGAACAGAUUGGAAAGGUCGACGAGAUCUUUGGACAACUUCGUGAUUUUUAUUUUUCUGUCAAACUUUCUCAAAAUAUGAAGGCAUCCUCAUUCAAGAAGUUGCAGAAGUUCUACAUCGACCCCAUGAAGCUUCUACCCCUUCAGAGGUUCCUCCCCAGGCCUCCAGGUGAGAAGGGUCCUCCUCGAGGAGGUAGAGGAGGAGGAAGAGGUGGGAGAGGAGGUGGAUUCCGUGGAGGUCGUGGAGGGGGCUUCGGUGGUCGUGGAGGGGGAUUCGGUGGUCGUGGUGGAGGUUUUGGUGGACGAGGAGGUGGAGGUUUUGGUGGACGAGGAGGUGGAAGUGGAGGGUUUAGAGGAGGAGGAGGUGGUGGACGUGGAUUUAGAGGUGGGAGAUGAUGAAGGUCUUUCAGGACAUGUGACCUGUUUUUCAUCUGCAGAGGGAACGUCCUGGGAGAACACAGAAGCAGCUUUUUUGGGACUAAUACAGUCUUUGGACUGUUUAUUAAUGCCUCCCUUGUACAGCUGGACUUUUUACUUUUGUACCAUUUGUAUUUUUUCAGCAGUGGAAUUUUUAUUUAAAUAGGUUGUUGUUUUUAGUUGCACUUGUCUGUGUGCAAGAUGGCAAGUGACUCCCACAACUAUAACUGGUUGGUUUUCAUGUUGCUGAAAGCUGGACCAGUACCGGUCUGUCCAACAUCAAGCUUGCCUUACUGUGUAGUGUGAAGAAAAAAGCCAGCUCAUCUGAGAUCAAUAAUGUAAAACUUCAUUGCUGGAUUGGAAAGGAUGUCAGUAUUUUCUACAUUGUAAUUCAUGUUAGUUCCACACUGUCACCAUGGACUUGCAAAAUAAAAUCUGGUAUAUUUGCAAACAUGUCUCUGUUUUAAAUUCAACUUUGUAAGCUUGUUUGGUAAGUAAGGGAUGUGUUAUCAGACUGUUCUGAUGCACUUUCCUUUGUAAUGACAUGUUUGUGAGCAAAUACAUAUCUGCUUUUAUC